AUGGAGAAUUGGUGGAGCGAAAAGAUUCCUUGCCUAGUUUAGCAUGGUAUAGAGAUCAGGAUUUUAAAGCGGCGAAGCUUAGUAAUGUGUCGCCGAAAACCUUAGCCCAUCUCAAAGCUCCUGAUUGUACACUCCAAGUCACCUUUCCAAUUGAGGUUGGUGAAGAUAGAGUUGAAGUUCUUACGGGUUAUAGGGUUCAUCAUUCUCGUCAUUUGCUACCGGUCAAAGGUGGAAUCCGAUUUUCGACUGAGGUUGAAGAGCAAGAAGUAGCAGCAUUAGCUGCUCUCAUGACCUAUAAGUGCGCUGUUGUAGAUGUUCCGUUUGGUGGUGCAAAAGGAGGUAUUGCUUUGGACCCUACUAAAUUCACCGAAAAUCAGCUGGAAAGAAUCACACGACGUUACACCAUGGAACUAUGUCAAAGGGCAUUUAUUGGCCCUGGAGUUGACGUGCCUGCACCCGAUGUAGGCACAGGUGCUCGCGAAAUGUCAUGGAUUAUGGAUACCUACAGACAAUUUCAUCCCAAUGAAGUAGUCUCCCUCGG